AUGACUGAAAACCGUCGCACGUCAGCCGUCUCGUCGCCCAAGAUCCCCCCGGCGCCGCCAUUGCCACUGCCCAAGCAAAAGUCACGCUCCUACUUUGAGCGUUUUGUUGCGCAGCCCUUGACCACGGCCUAUGGAUCCCGCCCACCCAGCGUGCAUCAACAUGGCUACGAGGGCGGCCCUCCGAACCCUCUAGUGCCGAAACUUGCCGGCAUCCGCACGGGCUACUCCCAAGAUGCAAGCCAUAAGACAGGCCUCGACAUCUCUGCCCUCGACAUCAACCGUGAACGCACCCAUGCCGUCCUCGCUGGCAAGGAGAUCCUGAAGACUGUCCGCGUCCAAGAUGCCAAGAUCGUCGACGAGACCAACCUGCGGGCUGCAGUCCUCAAUUAUGCCGAUUCUCAUGCCCGACAGCGCGAGGGCUUGGGCAUACACGACGUAAAGUGGUCCCAUGGCCAGUUCAGCUCCCACAUCGCCACUGCCGCUGCAAAUGGCAAAGUCAUACUGUACGACCUGAACCGCGCAAGCGUCGAGCUCACCAGGCUGCACGAGCAUACGCGUCAGGUACACAAACUGGCCUUCAACCCCCACCAGGGCCAUCUGCUGCUGUCUGCUAGCCAUGACAACACGGUCCGUUUGUGGGACUUGCGCGACAUGCGUAGGGAUGUUACUGUCUGCCGCAGUCGGGAUCACUACGCUGGCAUGAAUGGCGGUAUCCGUGACGUCCAGUGGUCGCCUACCGAUGCCGUAGAGUUCGCUUUCGGCACGGACAACGGGACCAUACAGCGAUGGGAUUUCCGCCAUAACAAGGGGCCCAAGCAGAAGAUUACAGCUCACGACCAGCGCAUCUGCACCUCCAUCGACUGGCACCCAGACGGUAAGCACCUGCUCAGUGCUGGCGUGGAUCGAACCGUCAAGGUCUGGGACUUCUCCGUCACUGGACGCCGCCAGAAAGCUGCGUACGUCUUACACACACCGUUUCCGGUAUACCAAGCUCGAUGGAGGCCACCAUACUGGUCUGACGAGUACCACGAAAAGGGUGCCUACCAAUGCACACAGCUGGCCACGUCUUACGACAAAGAACACUCUGUCAUUCAUGUAUGGGACUUCCGUCGUCCGUUCCUACCAUUUCGGGAGAUCAACAAGUUUCCCAGCGCACCUUCCGACAUGCUCUGGCACUCGCGUGACACUUUGUGGACUGUGGGUAGAGAAGGCGUUUUCCAGCAGAACGAUGUCCACCAUGCUCCCAAAACCGUAGAUCGGCGCAAUCUGCAGGCUUUCGGGGUAUCGCCAAGUGGAGAGGUUGCUGCUGUUGCCCAGAAGAGACCUCGGCAGCCAUCUUCAACAGGCCUAGCUUAUACUGACGAUACGUACCUUGGUGACCCGCGUGCCAGACGACACAGCCCCGAGAAGGGUAGUCUCAGAAGUUCGGCAGAUGACAGUCUAGAUGAUAGUUUUCUAACAUCGUCAAUGAAGCGACAUCAUGGUCGCACUGCUAGCAACAGGUCUACCAAAUCGUUCAGUAGUACCCCGCCAUCUGACAUUGCCCCCAAAGUCAUGUUCCUCAGUGACUCCAUGGUCGCACAUAGCGAGUCAUUCAGGCCGAACCAGGUCGCCAUACGAGGCAUACUGCCAGGCGCGGCCAAUCCUCAGAUCUUCGAGUAUCUUGCACAGAAAUACAAGACCAUACCUCUUUCCGACCCACCCGACUUGGACUCUUUUCUUCGACUGGAGAGGGCGUUUGAGCAAAACGCUGAGUACGCGCAGCGCGCAGCCUUCUAUAGGCUUGCGCAAACAUGGAGGGUCGUCGGUGCGUCCAUUACCAUGGCGACACGACGCCGAGCAGAGUUACACAGACAACAAAGAAGGUUGCGACCGCAGAACACCGCGCUACCGUCCGGACAGACACACCAAGCAACAUCCGCGCACAUGGAGGCACAUGACAAGCGCAUGGCGAUCCCUCCAAAUCCUGCAGUGCGUGCCAUCUUGAGCACGCUAGAGAAGCCAACAUCACCAUCCCGAUCGCCCAGCGUGCGAGAGAGCACUUCUAAUAUUGCGACCCCUCUUGCUCGUCCAGUCAUCACCCAAACCGUCGAUAAUGCUGAAAGGCCAGGCUUGCUCGAUAUUGAUCAGGAGGACAUUGAUCAGCUUCCACCCGCUGUUACUGGACCGCCUGUCGAUGCAAGUAGGACACUCGCGCCGCCAAGGACGUUCAGUGGACCACAAUGGUAUCACUCGGGAGACGACAUCGAUGAACGCCGUGCCUUGGUCGGCAGCUAUCGUGCAUCCCCACGGAUUCCACUGAGCCUCGCACCGAGCGGCACACAAGCCGGACGCACCAUUGAGCCUCAUCCACUGGAGCGACACGACUCUGGGGAAAGCUUCACAAUGUUCUCUGCGUCGUCGGACUCUCAAAAGGGUAAUUCUGUGCCGAGCUCGUUCGCGAGUACCAACUCACAACUAGGCCCUGGGCAUUCUCUAUCGGAAAAUUGGCAGUCUGUCCAGGAACAAUCUAGCUUUGGGAAGCCGAGAAACGCUGGAGAUCAAGAGCUGAGCAAAAGCAUCUCGAUAUCACCAACGACCAUGCCCCAAGGGUACACACAGAAAGUGGUCCGCAGCGCUUCAAACAAUGUGGAUGAAUUCAGCAGUGGAGAAAAGGCUGUCCGGGAUAUGGAACAUUUACGGCGGAACAACCAAUUGCUCCGUCAUGAUAGCUCCGAUUCUGAAGCGCUCACAAGCAUCUCGUCAUCCUACGAAUUCAGCACUGAGAUGGAAGCUAGUGGAACUAUUGUACCCGACGUGUUUGAGGAUGUGAGGUCGCCUUAUGUUCUCAAGCCACCAGCGUCCCUGCCACAUGCCUCCGGAAUUGCGCCUCCUGUACUUGAUCCAACAAUAGAAGAAGGAUUGUUGCUGUCAGACUUUGAAGCUGUGCAUAUCGACGCCGAGGCCGGCUCUCCCUACUCCGUCAUUGGGCUGCUUAAUCAUCUCCUGGAGUACCACACGGAAGCGUCGGAUGCACAGUUUUCCUCAGUCCUCAUUCUGCUUUUAGCACCGCUGUUGCCACAGACGCAUGGCCCUUCUGAUACUCCAGAUGUACACAUAGGCGAUGUAUUGAACGUCUUCAGCGACACGUUUGUAGCACUAGGACUGACUCAAGCACAAGCGAAAGCCAUACUAUCGACACAGCUAAGCCAGCUGAUAGCUACCGGUAUCAAUCCCUACCAAGCGGAGUCUAUUCUUUCCGGCUAUCAUUUCCAGCUACAUUCCUUGUCAUUGUUUAACUCCGCGGCCUCGCUCCGCCGCCUAGCGUACCCAACAUAUCCUGCUGUCUACGAGCAAGCGCUGAAAGAAACGCAGGUUGGGCUUUUGUGCCUAAGCUGUAAGUCACCAAUCAACAACCCUAGAGAUAAGAUGCGAUGCGAGUCCUGCAAGCGAACGCAGGCACCCUGCCCGAUUUGCUGGGGCAAAUACCCGGCUUUCGAAUCGAUCACCGCGAAGAAGAAAUCCAAAGCGAAGUCGCGGCCAUCAUUCAAGGACAGAGGACACAGAAGGCAGCGAUCGUCUCUCACGUCGAAUCCAGACCAUGCCGGCGAUCAAGUCGCAGACGGUCCAUCACCGACUGUUCCAGCCAAAUGGUCGUCGCCUGCAGCCACGCUCUGGACAUGGUGUCCAUUAUGUGGUCACGGAGGACAUUCAAACUGUCUGUCAACCUGGUUUGCCGAUCCGACACUAUCAGACGGCGCAUGUCCGACCGAAGGCUGUCUCUGCGACUGUGUCCAAGGCAAACGCCGCGACACAAAGAUCGAAGAGAUGCUGCUCAAGAAAGCAGAGAAGGACCGAUCGAAGGUCGUACGAAAAGGCGAUGAUUGGAAGGUAAAGGAAAGCCGCGCCGUGUCGGCAGUCCGGAACGCUGCCCUCGACACGAUACCAGAUCAUCAAUCACAACCAAAUUCUGGCACCACAACACCGACUCGUAGAUGA